AUGCGUCGCUUCAAGAAGAACACGCGUAAUACCGCUGACAGCCUCGACGUUGACGUUGUGCGAUCUGUCGGCAUCCUCUUCGACCGGCUGAGCCAGUUCUGUCUGGCUUUUGAAGACAAGGCGGCGUUGUACAAGGGCUAUGCUGCCCAUACCUGGAUGAACUUCAUACUGCACAAUGCAGAACCUUCCAUGGAUGCCUUCCUGGUCCUGACAGGGUACUACAAAAAGCGGCUGCUACGUAUACUGCCCACGUACUACGGGGUUUUAGUCAUAUUACACGCCUAUGUGCUACCGCAGAGCAGCAUCUCAACCCUACCGGAUGAGACCAGGCGUGCCUUCUUUGACAGGAAACAGCCCUUUGACGCUGCAGUCUGCCAGAAACUAGGCUGGACAAAUUUUGUCUUCGCAAACAACCGGCUGGCGAACGGAGGCUGCAUGAACACCACUUGGAGCCUGGCUGUGCAGAUACAGUUCUACGCUGUCCUGCCCCUUGCACUGCUCAUACUCCGCCCUCGCGCCGCAGGCUUCAGGGAUCGCAUCUGGCGCGCAGCUGCAGCGAUUAUUGGGAUGGUGCUGGUCUAUAGGGGAGUGAUUCUUUUCAUCGGACGCCUGUGGCAGCACAUGCCGCUGCCCUUCUUUGGGCCAUUCGGCCCUGGAAAUGAACCCACCUUUGACUUCGUUGGGCUCUACCUCUACCUCAGCUUCUUUGCCCGGCUUGGGCCCCUGUGCCUCGGCGUGCUAGCUGCGCUUGCUGUGACCGAUGCUGGCACCCGCAGCUUUGUUGCCAGGCACCAUGGGAAGCUGCUUGCAGGUCUGGCAGCGAUAUUCCUGUCGACUGCAUUUGGCAGUGCACAGCCCAAAGUGGGGAUUGCACCUGACCCUGCGCACCCGCUCGCAGACCCGGUGCUCCUUGGGGUAGGACUGGUUUUCCAAGUGGGCCUUGUGUUGCCCCUGGUGACAGCCCUGGCCCUCGUGCUGACCACCACCGGGCAGUCUGGGCUGCCCAAGCGGCUGGCUGACGCGCUGUCCAGUCAGCCCCUUAUUCAACUGGCAGACAUCUCCUAUGACAUCUACUUGCUCCACCCAUUGGUCAUUUAUGGGGUGUGGUCUGUGCUGCCUCCAUCUAUCUGGUUUUCCUUCAGCAACCCGGCAUCCUUUGCUCUCGUUGCCUUUCUCGUCUUUGCUCUGUCUGCGGCUGCAGCUUGGGUCCAGAACAAGGCCUGGAAUGCUGUCAUAGACAGCAUUGGGCAGAAGUGGGCAGUAAGCCUUGAGGCUGUGAACAAGCCAGCCCUGCACACAGCCUAUGCUUCUCAGACCUGGAUGGGCCUUGUGCUGCAGCCAGAAUUGCCUGCCUACACCUUCUUCGUCCUCACAGGGAGAGCUUUCUUUGAUGCGGGCGCGACAUUCGAUGCAGACGUCUGCACAAGUAGGAAGGCACUGGCGAAUUUUGUGUUCCAGAACAAUCAGCUGGCCAGCGGGGGCUGCUACAACAUCAGCUGGACGCUGGCAGUGCAGAUGCAGUUCUACCUGCUGUUCCCUCUCUGCCUACUGCUGCUCCAGUCCCGCAAGAGGGGCUUCAGGAAGGGUGUGGCAGUGGCGUCGGCUACGGUGGUUGCAUGCGUGAUGCUCUACCGGCGGACCCUGCUGACAUCAGCGCCGCUGUGGCGCUACAUGCCGCUGCCAUUCUUCCGGCCCUAUGACAUGGUCUCCGCGCGCAUGACUCACUUCCUGGCGCACAAGAGUUUCCUCAGCCUUGGGGCUUCCCUGUCGCCGCUGUGCCUCGGGGUUCUGGCUGCUCUGGCUGUCAUGAGCGACGCCUGCCGCCGACUCAUCAUCAAGUACCGCGUCUGGCUGAGCAUAGCAUGGGCGUUGCUGGCCUGCGGAGUUCUCCUGGCUUGCAGACUGGACAGGAUCGGCCCAGAGCAAGACCGAAACCAUCCCUUGGCGGACCCCGUCAUCUUCUUCGCAGCAUUCACCCUGGGCCAGGGUUUUCUUCUCCCCCUGCUGCCGGCGCUGACCCUACUCCUCACCACCACUCAACUUCCCGGCCCGCCUGCACUCCUAGCCAAGCUGCUCUCACACUGGCUUUUUGCCAGACUUGCAGAGAUCACCUAUGAGAUGUACCUGCUCCACCCUUUGGUCAUCUGUGAGACUUUCCACUGGUUUCCGCCCUCGACCUGGUUCAAGGCUGACAACCCAGUGCCAUUCCUGCUCAUUGCCUGCCAUGUGAUCACCAUCACUGCUGCCGCUGCAUGGCUCCUUAGACGUGCAACUAUGUAUCUUGUCGCCAAGAUUGCGCGAGAGUAA